AUGCCUCUAAAUUCUUUUAAAAUAGUAAUGGAUCAAAAGUUUGCACCGGAAUAUUUUGUAACGAUUUUUAGAUUUCUUAGACUUAAAGAUUUGCACUCUUGCCUUUUGGUUAACAAAUACUGGGCUAUUUGUGCGGUCCCAAUUUUAUGGGAAGCACCCUUCAAAAUUAAUGACAGUUUUACACCAUCACCUAAAGUGAUCCAAACCUAUCUUGUAUUCAUACCAGAUGAGACUUUUUUCGAAUUAGGAUAUAGUAAAAGGAUUGGGUUAUCGAUUGCUAAACCUCCUUCUUUUGACUAUCCAUCGUUUCUUAAAGAAUUUUCAUACGAUCGGUUUCUUAAUUUGGCUAUAGCGAACAAUUGUUGUAAAGACAUUAUAGUUGAAUUACUUAAAAUAUUUGCAAUUAAUGAUACAAAAUUACGCAGAUUUAAUACUUACGACUAUCUGUUUGAUCAACAUCUUGAAUGUCAAGAUCAAAUAGCACCUUUGGUUCUUCCAUAUUUUUCUGAAUGUAAUCUUAUAUUUAGUAGUUUAACUUAUCUUGAGUGUAUUUAUCAAUGGCCGAUGCAAAAAGUCAAACUUUUUAAUGCAAUAGCGCAGAAAUGCCAUAGUAUUAAAACUCUUAAGGUCAGCGUUUGGCAUGAAGAUGAAGGAAAAGUAUUGGCAAAUCUUAUCAGUUCUCAAAAGCACUUAAAAAAGUUCUUUCUGAUAAACAGUAAUAACUUUGCUUCAUUUCCUAUUCAAGCUCUUGUGGAUCAAAAACAUUCACUUAACAGUGUUACAUUUGAAGACAUGCAUAACAACCAUGAUUUAAGUGAAACAAAAUUUUUUAAUUAUUCAAUAUGUGAUUUAAAUAGCGAUGCCGUCGAUGUACUUUCUCAAUGCACAAACAUCACCAAAAUCAAGUUUAAACACUGCGAAGGACUCAACUCCCCUUUAUUUCUUCCUAUUAUAUCUACUUUUUCAAACUUAAUAUCUUUAGAGUAUUCUUAUGGUACUCAUAAAAUUUAUGAUGCUACAACUCCUAUUAAAUUAUUAUCCGGUCUCAUUAAAAAGAGUUGCAAUACACUUAAAAGAAUUUCGCUAGAAUGGCAUUCUCUUGAUUAUCUUGAUAUUACUCAGCUUAUUAAAGCUAUUACACAACGUACGAUAAAUCUCGAAUAUCUGAAGAUUCCAGUUUAUACAUUAGAACAGCUCGUUCUAAUUCAUCAAGCCUUUAAUCAAUUAAAGAAACUUGAAGUUCAU